AUGGGUUCACAAGCGUUUCAACUCGGUAAACGAGAUUAUUUUUGCCUCCCCCAUCUCAUAAUACUUUUGGGAACUUUUACGGACAAAAAUCUUCUAUUUGGCCGAUCGACGAAGUUUAUUCGAAACUCACCUUGUGGACUUUGGAAACCCAGUGGCAACACCACACAAGGGCGAUUGGGGAACAUGGAAAUCAAUAAGGUUGAAGCGAAACAAUCACUGGAUAACAAAGAAUAUUCAAGUUCCUCGGGAUUCUGCAUCUAA